GACCGUGAGCACAUCACUGUAUUCCAUGCGCAGAAGGCGCCUGCUGUGAAUGUCAUCGACUAUGCUGAAAGAAUCGCCAAAUAUUCUUCAUGCAGCUAUUGCUGUUUUGUCGUGGGCGUUAUCUACAUGGAUAGAUUUAUACAGCGGCAAAGGAUGCUAGAGAGGGAUUUCAGAAUCAACUCUUUGAAUGUGCAUCGAUUACUUUUGGCGAGUGUGAUGGUUGCUGCAAAGUUCCUUGACGACUUCUAUUACUCUAAUGAGUUUUGGGCGAAGAUCGGAGGAGUUCCAAAUGUAGAAUUGAACACUCUUGAGAUUGAGUUCUUGUUCCUUACCAACUUCGAGCUCCAUGUACGCAUAGAUGUGUACGACAGUUACAGGGAGGAACUG